AUGCCACUUAAGAAGAAAUCCAAGUCAAAAGCGACCAAGAAAGCUGUCGACCCACCAGCGUCAACCCCUGCCCUCACCACCACCAUCCACAAUCUCACCCAACCUAUCCCCUUCUCAGACCAAGUAAUUCAACGAAUCCUAUCACACAUCCCUACCGGCUGUCGAGGCACUCUCGCUACCUGCGCUUUGGUCAGUAAGCAAUUCAAUCGAAUCGCCACACCACUUCUUUGGGAAUGGCUGGAUCUCACCUCAGCUACUACGAACACCGAUGAUGUGACCGAAGAUACCCACGAGGCGACCCCCUUCGAUACUUCGCACUGGAAGGAAGAGAAUCUGGCGAUGGUGAAGGUACUUUCAAUAGAUGCACAUGAACAACACUGGUGCAGCGCUAUUGAACGAUUCGAUUUGCCUAAUUUAGAGACACUUCGAUUGACUAUCAACAGAGCAUAUAGUGGAACCGGACGAAUCCAUUCCGUCCAGUCCUCACCACCUCCUUCUCAAAUCAAAUCAUCUUCAUCUUCCACUUCACAAUGUCCCUUCAUCCAGAAUUUCAAACCUAAAACCAUCGUAUAUGGUGAAGCGCCUCCUUCUUCCUUUUACUUAGAUCCCAACAAUCUCUAUCCGAGUAUCUGGUCAGAAGUCGAAACUCUGAUAUUCCUCAUUCCACCCGACGGAGCAAACAACCAUUUCGUACGAAAUAAGGAUCUCAACAAACUCUUACCCAAGCUCAAAAAGUAA